UCUGUACAAUUCAACAAAUUUUCCUCUCCAAUACUUGUCCUAGUCAGUAUUUUAAAAAUUCUUUUUCUCUCUUUUCUGAAAUAAUAUCUCUAAUGGAUAGAUCACAGCUUCAUAUUGGUAUACUUUCAAGCCCUGGAAUGGGUCAUUUAAUCCCAGUUCUAGUGUUAGGCAACCGAUUAGCCACAUAUCAUAACAUCAAAAUUACAAUUCUUGCUAUCACAACCAGCUCUUCUUCAUCAGAAACCGAAUUUCUCAAGAAAUCCACUCUCACCGAUGAGAAAAAAACUAUAGAAAUAAUUCCAAUUCCUUCGGUCGAUAUUUCCCACCUAAUAAAUUCCAGCACUAAAGUUUUCACUCAAUUGCGACUAUUGGUCCGCGAAGCCUUGCCCAAAAUUCAUUCCACUAUAGCUUCCAUGACUCAUCGUCCAGAUGCUUUAAUUGUCGACAUUUUUUGCACACAAAUAUUGCCAAUUGCUGAAGAAUUUAACAUUCCUAAGUACGCGUAUCAUCCUACUACUGCGUGGACAUUAACGUUAGCUAUAUACUGUCAAAUUUUUGACAAAGAAAUUGAGGGUGAAUAUGUUGAUCUUAAAGAGCCUUUGAAAAUUCCAGGUAGCAAAGAACUACGACCUGAUGACGUAGUGGAUCCAUUGCUGGAUCGGAGUGAUCAGCAGUAUGAAGAGUAUUUGAAGCUAGGAAUGGAAUAUGCAGCUUUUGAUGGAAUCUUGAUUAAUACUUGGGAAGAUUUAGAACCUGAGACUAUUAAAGCACUUCGAAUUAAUGAGAAGUUGAGAUCAAUUCUAAAAGUGCCGGUUUUUCCAAUCUACCCAGUUGGUCCCUUGAGGAGAACAGUUGAAACAAAUGAACCUGACGAGGUUAUUGAAUGGUUAGACAAGCAAAAUAAUGAGUCAGUUCUAUUUGUGUCAUUUGGAAGUGGUGGAACACUUUCAACUCAGCAAAUGACCGAGCUUGCAUGGGGUUUAGAAUUAAGCCAACAGAAAUUUGUUUGGACUGUACGUCCCCCAUCUGACGGUGAUGCAGAUAGUGCAUAUCUAAACUCUGCCGGAAAAGAGACACGUGGCAUGCCGAAAUACUUGCCGGAGGGGUUUCUAACUAGGACCAAAGAUAUAGGCUUAGUAGUGCCUAUGUGGGCCAAACAAGUCGAAAUUUUGGGGCACUCGUCAGUGGGUGGAUUUUUGACACAUUGUGGAUGGAAUUCAACGGUGGAGAGCUUAACAAAUGGUGUUCCUAUGAUUGCAUGGCCAUUAUAUGCUGAACAAAAAAUGAAUGCUGCCCUGUUGACGGAGGAGCUAGGGGUGGCGAUUCGGCCGGCAGUUUUGCCGACGAAGAAAUUGGUGAAGAGAGAGGAGAUAAAGGGAAUGGUGAGAAUGUUGAUGUACACAAAAGAAGGAAAGACUAUAAGGGAAAAGGCUCAGAAAUUAAAGAUGAGUGCGGAAAAUGCACUAAGUGUUGGAGGUUCAUCUUACAAUUCCAUUUGUGAGCUUGUGAAGGAUAUUCGGAGUAGAUUGUUAUAAGUCUGUUAUUUCUUUGUGAAAUCUUUUGCUUUUUUCAAAUAAAUUGCCUUUUAUGCCUGGAGGACAGGAGGAGUAGUUGAUAACCGACCCUUAGCGGUGUACCAAUAGUGAUACUUAAUUUGUUAAAUUUUCCAUGAAAUCCAAUACCUUAAUUAUAGUAGUAAUUAUCUUGAAUAGAGGGAGAGAUUUCUGUCUCAAUAAUGUAUACAAUCCGUUAUUUUCAUUC